CACGCACUCACCUGCGAACGGUCGACGGUAACGGAACUUUCGCCAUGGACAACGGACCGACUGACGCCACGCCCACCGCCGCCGCCUUCCGGCUGGUGCUGCUCAGUAAAUCGAAUCCCGUGAUGGGCUGCUAUAUGUUCUGGACCAGCCUGCUGGUGUUCAAGAUGCUGGUAAUGUCGCUCCUCACGGCCCGCCAGCGGAUGAAAACCAAGACCUAUGCCAAUCCGGAGGAUUUGCGAAUCAGCCGCAGUCCGGAGGUUCGAUUCGGAGAUCCCAAUGUGGAGCGGGUGCGCAGGGCCCAUCGCAACGAUCUGGAGAACGUUCUGCCAUUCCUUCUAAUGUCCCUGGUCUAUGUGGCCAGCGGACCGAAUCCCCUGACCGCCCGUCUGCUGAUCCGCAUCGGAGCAAGUGCCCGGCUGCUCCACACGGUGGUCUACGCACUAUUCCCGGUUCCGCAACCAGCCAGAGCCCUGGCCUUCUUCACCACCUUCGCCAUUACCUGCUUCGAGGCGGGCUACGUACUCAUGUGCUGUAUUAAGUACAUUUAGACUGCUAGUGACCCCCACUUAGUCAGAACUACUCACCCUUUCGCAGAAGCAGCACCAGUGAUGUCAAGUUAAGAGUCUAGGUACAAAGUUAGGUACUUAUUUUAAGGCAAAUAAUGUACGCUCUAGUCCACUUAGGUCGUUUUAAUUGCUCAAUAAGUACUUAAAAACACGCUGAUCGCCUACAAAUACUUUGAGGUAAUAUAUCUUUCCGAUUCAAUCUUAAUUAAUUUACAA